UCAGAAGACUUUCCAAAGGGUACCACGAAUAGGAAGAAAGAUCCCUUGUCAAAGUUGUGUCAGCGGCAAAAUGGGCUGUUUCAGAUCAUUGAGUGUCGAAGAUUGAAUUUUGGCCUUUUUGAUACUGUACCCACAAAUCGAAAAUUUUAUCAAAAAAAAAAGUUUUUUUAAUUUUUUAGUCAGAAUUUUAAUUUCUUUUAAGAAAAUGGACAAAAUAUUUACAAUAUUAUUAGCGACAACAACAAUAAUUUCAAUUUACGAAGUUGUAAGUAAUGAAAAUGCUCAAUUAAAAGAGGAAGGGGACGAAAUUAAAACACCAAAUAAUGACAGAGAUUCGUUCAGUCAAUUUGAUGAUAUUGGAAAUGAAGAAGAACCGGAAUAUAAAUAUAAGGAAGAGGCCCAGGAUAAAGUAGAGGAGGAAGAAGAUGAAUUAAGAAUUAGAGAACCAACGAGGGAAAAGCCAAAAGGAGGAGGGGCGUUUAAACCGCCAAUAAAUAUGCCUCCAGUGAAAUUUUCGUUUUGUGUGUCUUGUGGAUAUCGACAGGCAUAUGAACAAUUUGCUCAAAUUUUGAGAGAAAAAUAUCCAGGGAUUGAAGUUGUAGGAGAAAAUUAUGCUCCUGGACUGGCUAGAGGAUUGGCGGCACAGUUGUUAGGCUUUGCAAAAAUUGCCUUAAUUAUUUGUAUAAUUAUGGGAAGAGAUCCAUUCCCUUCUCUAGGCCUUCAAACUCCGCGGUUCUUUCAAUGGAUGGCUAAUAAUAAAAUGUCUGCUUCUAUAAUGAUUUUUCUUUUUUCAAAUGCUAUUGAAGGAAUGUUACAAUCAACGGGGGCUUUUGAAAUUUAUUUGGAAAAUGAAAGGAUUUGGUCUAAAUUGGAAAGCGGUCGUGUUCCUUCUCCACCUGAAUUAUUUGAAGCAAUUGACAGUCAAAUAACUUUAAGAGGACCUAGCAAAUUUUCGGGUUCUUCAUUUGGUAUAGACGAUUCAAAUUAA